AUUUAAAUGGCAACGUUGCAUUUCUCCUGUAUGAUUUGAGGUUAUUGUAGAAAUCGUAGGUUUGUAUUUAAUAUUGGCAAAGAAAUUUAAGAAAUUCUUCGUAUUCUACCAAUUUUAUAAUGUCCAUGUCCCUGGAGGAUAAAUUAAAACAAGGACCAAAGGAGGGGGUUACUUACCCAAUUCAUGUAGUUUAUUGUGGAAACUGUUCGAUGCCAAUUGAGUAUUGCGAGUAUUACCCUGAAUAUGAAAAAUGUAAGCAAUGGUUAGAAGUAAAUUUACCAACGGAAUUCGAGAAAGUUAAAAUAGGAGAUGAUAAUCCGGUAGAAGAAGAAAAAAAGAGACAGAAACGCGGCGGCAAAGGAAUGAUUAAAACUAAGAAAAAGGAAGAUGGUCCCAAACAAGUUUAUGUAUCUAGGGCACCAAGGGGAAAAAAGAAGUCUGUCACUGUAGUCACAGGUUUAAGUAGUUUUGAUAUUGAUCUGAAGGUGGCUGCAAAAUUUUUUGGCACAAAAUUCGCUUGUGGCUCCUCAGUAACUGGAGAUGAUGAAAUCGUUAUACAGGGAGAUGUUAAAGAUGAUUUAUUUGAUGUUAUUCCUGAAAAAUGGUCUGAGAUUGAUGAAGAUUUUAUUGAAGAUUUAGGUGACCAAAAAAGAUAAUUUAUUUUCAUUUCUUAUCAUAGGUGAUGAUACAGCACAAUCUUCGCCGUAGGUGCCCUUUACUGUGUAAGUCAUCCAUAAAAUCUUGAUUUGAAUAAGUGAAAAGCGACUAAGCUAGACCACAAUAAUGCUUUUCGUCGUCUG